AUGGAAGAGCCGCAGUCUGUCGACGUUGAAUCGGUCUCGCCUCCAGUCCGGGCUUCUUCGCCAUCUCCCUCCGUUCCAGCUACACCGGCCAUCUCCUCAUACUCCUCGCCAGACCGCACCUUCUCCUCCGUCUCCUCCCAUUCCGCCUCUUCCGCAACCUCGGCCGAUGCUCGCUCGACCGUUUCAACAUCAUCCCGCCGUCAUGGAUACAUUCGCGCGUUUGGAGCCGAGUUCUCCGAAUCCGCUCGACACCGUGACAGUGUCAUGAGUCUAGGCAGCAUUGCCCACCUACAAUACUACUUUGCUCGGACCGGUCUUUUAGAUGGAAAGACGGGUCGAGGCAAAGAAUCAAAGAAGAAGAAUGCGGAGAACGUGCCUCGGGUGCUGAUCACCCCCAAUGAACGACACAUGGACGACUUGACAGCCAGCCCGACAGAAAUGGUCGAGUCUCCAGAUUUCGACCCCAGCAUGGAAGACGAAGACGGGGAGGUCAUGCUCCCACCGACAGUCAGUACCUACAGCAUUAAAACACACCACAUUGCACCACCGCCAGAUUUACACUCCCUGCGUCGGGACUUGCAAAGAGCACUGCACAAAGCCGAUUCCAACAUCGAAGCCAUUGAGAACGGCGCCGAGCCCCAAUCCAGAGAUUCACUCCGAUCCAGUCUUUCGCCAAGCGAUAUCCCCGAAUCCCUGGACGACGAAGCCUCGAGCCAGAUCCCAACCCCGCAAACAAAGGAGGAAGCGCAAGGAAUGUGCAUCCUGGACGACGUGACCAAUGCAAUCCGGGCGGCGAAGAUUUACUACACAACCCACGAACACCCCGAACGCCUAGCGUCAAUAAAAACGGAGCGGGAAAUCCGCAAGGAACUCUUCCAGGUCCUCGAUGUACUAAAACGCUGGGCCGCGCGGCACUUUGCCUGCGGACUCCGCGAUGAGGAACGCGACGCUAUCAAAGGCUGGAUCGCGGGCGUCCGCACCAUGUUGGUCCGGGAGAAGGCCCUGGAGGAUCUCGAAGCGCAGGAGCGGGAGAAUUGGGAUUGGGCCCAGGGCGACUGGACCGGACGCGAGCGAUCCCGCGAGGAAUCUUUUCUCCGCAGCUUGAUGCCUGGUGGUCACACUCUACCUGAGUGGACUCCGGUCAUGGAAGAAGAGGACGGUAUUGAGCCAGCGCCGACUGCAUUCCUGGACCGGUUCCGCGACGGUCGGAUCCUGGUUCAGUUGCACAACAUCGCCGUCAAGAAAUCCAAGCGGCCCUUUGGGGAAAUUAAAGCUUUCCAUCAGGAUAUCGCCAAGCCUUACCGGCAAGCGGAGAAUCUGCGAUACUGGGUCAAAGCUGCAGAAUUGCGGUGGGAACUACGCUUGGUGGUGGAUGUAAUGGGCGUGGUCCAGAGCAGCACGGUUGUGGCCUGGGAACAAUUCGAUGCGGCGCUGUUGGCCUGGUGCAAGACCGUUCGCGAGGAGUUGGUGCGAGAUUGGCAAGCGGCCAAUCCCGGGCGACCCCCUAGUGCUGGUCUGAUUUGA